CUGUAUUGUUUUGUCUGGAUCAGAUAUGGUGAGCGCCAGCGUGCGUGCAAUUUAGACUCGCCGUUUCUCUACAACUAUUAGGUGGAUAUUUUGCCCGCACAUUCAUGAAUGCAAUGAAUCGUGAAUUCCCUUCGUUUCUCUAAAAGAACUAAAACAUGGAAGAGGCCCUAAAAGAUUGGGGGAGAAGAAACGAGGAAAAAGAAAUGAGUACUGCAGGGGAGCAGAUUGAGAUAACUAUAGAUCGACGCUGGGUUGUCUCAUUGAAGGACAAGUUGAAGGUAACAGAACAGCCGGCUUGGCGCACCGAACAGCCGACCAUCUUCAGAGUCUUACCACACUUGCGAGGGAUCGAACCAAAGGCAUACGAGCCAACGAUCGUUUCGCUCGGCCCCUUCCACCACCACAAGUCUCACCUGAAAGCCAUGGACCACCUGAAAUACAAGUAUCUCAGCAAAUUCCUUGGCCGAAACCCCGAGAAGCCCCUGGAAGACUACCUCAAGUUGAUCAAGGAGAACGAGCGGCAAGCACGUAUGGCCUACUCAGAAGAAGUGGAAAUGAGUAGCGAUGACUUCGUCCAAAUGAUGCUGCUUGACUGCUGUUUUGUAAUUGAGACCAUAUUGCCAGAGGAAGAAGGACAAGCCACAAUAUGGUCGCUAUCACCGGUGUUGGUGCGUGAUAUGUUGAUUCUGGAAAACCAACUCCCUUUCUGUAUCCUCCAGCCUCUGUUCGACUCUACUUUUCUUCGCCAAUCCCUUGACCUCAGUAGUUUGAUACUUGGUUUCCUCAGCAAGGCCGUAAGCAUCAGGACGGAAAAUCCCUCCGAUCAGAGUUGGGAAACUACACUAAAAUAUGUUGUACUUAGACUUCAAAAGGACAUUGAAUAUUCAACUCACUUCACGCUUUGGCGCAAAAACACAGUCAUGUGUGACGCAGGGAUGAAAGUUGAGAUAGAUGUGGAUAAGGCAUGGAUGGACACCUUGAGGAGGAAGGUGGAAGAGGCAAAAUGGGACCAGUGGCGCACCGAACAGGCAAGAAUCUUUAAAGUCCCAGGAGUCUUGCAGGAGGCCGAACCCAGGGCCUACAAGCCAAGAAUCGUCUCCCUCGGCCCAUACCACCAUGGCAAAUCUGAACUGCAACCCAUGGAGGAGUUAAAAUGGAACUACCUCAGGAGAUUCGUUCGCCGACAACCCCAGAAGAAACUGGAGGAUUACCUCAACGAGACUCGAGAGUUGGUAAACCGAUCACGUCGUUUCUACUUUGGCGACAAAGUGAACCCGAAUGAAAGCUCCAUGAUAAUGAGUGACAAUAAAUUCGUAGAAAUGAUGCUGCUCGACGGUUCUUUUGUGAUUGAGAUCAUGAUAUCCUGGGUAAAGGGUGUGAGUGAACGCAAAGUCGGACAGAAUGCGAUCAAGAAUACAAUAUGGUCGCCGUUAGCAGUAGCGCAAGACAUGUUGCUGCUGGAAAACCAGCUCCCUUUCUUUCUCCUCGAUUGUUUACAUGACACUGCUUUUCCUGAAGAUGCUGGCGGCCUAACAGAGCUGACACAAGAAUUUCUACGCAUGUUCAUCAUGUUCAUGAACGACAACGAGAGAGUCCCCCGCCAUGGUUUCCAUCAUAUUCUUCAUCUAUGUCAUUUUUGCAUUGUCGCAGCAAAGAAGCCAUAUAACAGCAAAACCCAGCCAUCAUGGAGCCUCAUGUUUGAAGGAAUGCAGAAGGAGCGGAUGAACAUGUUAAGCUUUUUUCGUGACAACCCGGUUCCGGUCGAACAACCAGCUUCCAUGAUACCAUGGAUUCCAAGCGCGACACAGCUCAAGGUGGCGGGAAUCCAGUUCAAGAUGAAGACACGGGCCAAGAGCUUCCUGGACAUCACAUUCCAGAAUGGAAAGCUGGAGAUCCCUCAGCUUGUGGUCGAUGACCAAACCAACGUGCUGUUCAAGAACCUCAUAGCCUUCGAGCAGUGCUCCCAGGACGCUGGAACGCAUCUUGCGGCCUACGCGUCACUCAUGGAUUCAAUCAUCAAUACUGCUGCCGACGUCGAAUUGCUCCAGAAAGAUCAAAUCAUCAUCAACACAUCGGGCGACAACACCGAAGUCGCCAAUUUCUUCAACAAGCUUUGCAAAGAUGUGCUGAUCAAAGACGAGGACUAUCUUACAAGCAUCUACAGAGAUGUCAAUAAGCACCGCGGCAUCAAAUAUCACAUAUGGUGGCGAACUCUACAUCGUGAUUACUUCAAGAACCCGUGGACGAUCAUCUGGUUGUGUGCAGCCAUUUUCGCCUUCAUUCUCACCAUUACGCAGACCGUGUAUACGGUCCUGAGCUAUAUUCGACCACCUAAAUAAUCUCCUCGCCUACUUGGUACCAUCAUAUGUUUCUUCUCGUCG